ACUAAUUUCGACAUGAAGCCAGAAACCAACUUAUAUUCUAUUUAUAGGUUUAACCUUCUUCUUCUCAGAAAGUUUACAAAAAUAGUAAAGACUUUUCAUUGGUUACUCAGUCAACAUCUGAGCUAAGAUGGCGGCCUCCGUGAAAAAUAAAAAGUGUCUUGUCAUUGGAGGAUGUGGUUUCUUGGGCCGUCAUCUCUGUGAAGGUCUUUUGGAGAGAGGCUGGACUGUCAAUGUCUUUGACAUUCGAUCAACCUUUGAAGAUUCCAGAAUAAAAUUUUUUAUUGGGGAUCUGUGUAAGAAAGAGGAUCUCCUACCAGCUUUAGAAGGAGUGUACUGUGUAUUUCACUGUGCUUCGCCAGCUCCUCUUAGCAACAAUAAAGCUCUGUUUUACAAAGUGAACUAUGAGGGAACUCGUAAUGUCAUAGAGGCAUGCAAGGAGGCAGGAGUCAAGCGCAUGGUUUUGACCAGCUCAGCUAGUGUGGUUUAUGAGGGGAAAGGCAUUCGUAAUGGAAGAGAAGAGGAACUGCCCUACGCAGCCAAGCCUUUAGACUACUACACCGAGACAAAAAUACUCCAGGAGAGGACCAGCCUUGAAGCAAACAGUGAUGACUUCUAUACUGUGGCGAUCCGACCUCAUGGGAUCUUUGGGCCUCGAGAUCUGCAGCUCGUUCCAAUCACAGUGGACAUGGCGCGGAAAGGAAAGACCAAGUUCAUCAUUGGGGAUGGUAAAAAUGUGGUAGAUUUCACCUACGUGGGUAACGUGGUGCAUGGUCACAUCCUGGCUGCAGAACACAUAGGGCCCGGAUCUCCCGCCAACGGAAAGGCUUAUCACAUUACCAAUGACGAGCCCAUCUUCUUCUGGACCUUCAUGACCAGGCUGCUCACCGGCCUGGGCUAUCCGGCCCCCCGAAUCCACCUGCCCUACUCCCUGCUCUACGUGGUUGCCUUAUUCCUGCAGUUUGUGGCCUGGAUUGUCAGUCCGCUGGUCAUCUUCACCCCUUCCCUCUCGCCCAUGAAGGUGGCGCUGGCCGGCACAGAUCAUUUCUACAACUGCGAGAAUGCCAAAAGAGACUUGGGUUACUCCCCCGUGUUCACGCUGGACCAGGCGCUCAAGUUGACCAUUGAGAGUUAUCCAGAGAUGAGAAAUCCUGAGGAGAAGAAGGGGUCAUAAUCUUGUACUAGCUGAGCUUAGACGGUUGAAAUUAUUUUGUAAAGAUGUUUGUCUCCAUUUUGGUAUUUCAAAGUAUUUUUGAAAGUAUCUCAAAAGUCGUACCAAAGUAUAACAAAUGAUGUUAGAUGACAUUUUUGUUGUUGAUGUUUUGAUGGAUACCAGUACUUUCAAAUCCAGGAUGUUUAAGUAGUGUUUCUUUCUCAGUCAAGACACUUGUAUUUGUUUAAAAACUGUCCCUCUAAAUCUUGAACUGGUGCCCUGUUGGAAUUGCUCUUGUGAUUGCAACUUUGUUUAUAUCUUAAGGGACUUCAGUUUUUCUCCUCUCUGUUGCCGGAUUUUUAACAUGGUUAAUUUUUUUUCCUUGAUCAUAACCUUUUGAAGACUUUAUUUAUGUCAAGCAGAUAGCUAUCGUUUGUAUCUAUGAACUGGAUGUAAAGUGGCAAAUGUUAUUUUAAAAUGAUGUAUUUGUGAAAAGAAGAAGUGCUUGGAAGAGCCUGGGUUAUUAAACCCAGAAAGACUUGUGUGGACCACAGUGUUUACUGAGAUUAGUAAGAGCUUAUGAAUGACCUAAUAUGUUUCUUCAAGACUUUCGGUGUCAGUGUGCAUGGUUGAUUAGGUAUUCGUCACUGCUGGAGCAGUAACUGUAUUCUGAUUUAGUGCGAAGUGUUUGGUACUGAUUUUUUUCACCUGACUAUUUUAUAGGUCAGUUUUGAUGUUUUUUUCAAUUCUGUACUCUAAGUUUACUUGUACUUAUUUAUGUUGAUCUUGUUUUUAUUGUUUCUGUUGAACUACAAGAGGGCAACAAGCCUUUGCCAAAGUUCACAUGUUGAUUUGCUCAGAGCUAUUAUUCAAAUCUUUUUGUACAAAACUGCUUUUUUUUUGCCAA